UGGACACAUGGUUCGAUAACUAUGAACUAGAUAUAAUAUAACACAUGAUGGUCUCGACACGGCCUAAUUUACACGUGGAAGUCUGGACAUGUGAUUCAAAAGAGCUGUGUUAUUAAUAACUAUAAACAUAGGGAUAACACAAGACAGUGAACACGGACACUGACCCUGCUUUACAAUGUUACAGCGCGUACUGGCACACUGUGCUCGGAGAUCUAUCAGAAAUGCUUCCUGUCCCGGACGGAUGUUCUCGGAAACAAGGGAUGAGGGGGAUGUGAAGUUCGAGGUGCGGCCUAUGAGGAGGAGUGACAUUCAGCCUCUGUACGACCUUCUCAGGGUCAAUCAAUGGAACAUGGAGAAGAGCUAUCUGGAGUGUGUGUUCAACACCGAUCCCACCGGCCUCGUGGUGGUAGUCAAGGACGACGGCCAGAUCAUUGGACACAACGGGAUCCUCGUCCACAGUCCGGACUUUGCGUCUUCUGGAAUGAAUAUCGUCAAGGAGGAGUACCGGUCACUUGGAGUCGGCAAGGUCAUGUUCCGUAAGGUCAUGGAUGUGAUGGCCGACAAGAACGUGGGAGGAACGUCGCUAUCUAACAGAAUUUCGUUCUAUGCACAAUUUGGGUGGACUAUAAAGUCCUACACCUUCCACUAUAAUCAGGGACCCGUUAAUCCGGACUUCGUCAGGGACUGUCCGGAUCCGGACUGUGAAAUCCAGCCAGCAGAACAAGUCAACUUCGAUGACGUCAUUGCAUAUGACGCAGAGAUUCACACCAUUCCUCGACCGGUGUACAUCAGCAACUGGGCCCAGAACGAGGCUGCGAGGACGUAUGUGGCUUUUCGGGGCGGACGAGUUUGUGGCUACGGAGUUCUCAAGUCCUCUGACGUAGGGUACAAAAUGUAUCCGUUGUACGCAGACGACACCAAGAUUGCUAAGGCGUUGUUCUGUAAGCUGUCGUCUCACAUCCCGUGUGGAGGUGAUCUUAUCUUCACACAACCCAUAGAAAAUGAGGACGCCAACGAGUUUGUGGCGGGAAACAAUUUAACAACCUACUUGUCUAUGACGCGUUUGUAUAAUAAGAGAAAUGUUCCUGUAGAUAUCAGGCGUGUUUACUCCGUGUCCACUACAGAAUAUGGUAUAGUGUAGACAGUGACAUUUUAUAUAAAUAGUGUAGGCCGACUCUUCGUUAAAGUUUCUGUGCGCAUUGUCAGUGGCACGUCAAUUCGAUUAAAUUACUUCAACAUGUAACUUUUUUUUGUGAAAGGGACAACAUUCACACUUGUAAUUAUUGAUGUGAAUAUAUAAUGUUUAUGUGUGGUUACUUUACUUAAUGUCAAUAUACUGUUACCAGUGCUUCCGUCUUCUCGCGUUGGCCAAUUGUUUCUAAAAUGCAUCCGACAUUCUGCUGCCACUAGCCCUACAACACUGGGCCGCGGGCUUGAGGCUCGCCAGGUACUGGCCGUAGGUCGGUGGGUUUUCUCCGGGAACUCCGGCUUUCCAUCACCAAAAAAACUUGGCACGUCCUUAAAUGACCAUAGCUGUUAAUAGGACGUAAACUACAAACAAACCAAACAGUCUUCUCUCACUGGCUAUUCUGGUAUCGCUCAUGUAUAUGUAUCCUUUUAUCUUGACGACGCUCUUCGAAACUGUGCCAUUUUUAUGAAUAUUCUAUUAUAACACUGUCAUAUAUCCAAAAACCCAGUCCUUACAUAUCCAUAUACGAAUUUUAAACAAUCAUUACAUGCGUUGUGCUGAAUAUUUAUCUAAAAUACACGUUCAAAGUGAAACAACGGCGCACAUAGAAACACUUAUUUAAUGCGGUAAAGGCUACGAAUUGGUAAUGCACCCAGUUUAUGAUAUUCCAUGAGGAAGUGAUGUAAGACGCCUGUUGGAAAUUUGUCAUUUUAAAUGCGGGAGAGUUCUCUGUGAGCGGUAACCGACUAAUCAUGGUCAAACUGAUUAGCAUACAGUUCUACAUAUAAUGUUGACUUAAUAUCUAUUUAGCGUUUCUCACAAGCAGAUAGGUGUAUAUACCCAUGCAUAUAGUAUCAAGUUUUCCCAUCGAAAAUCUUCGAAAUGACGAAUUUGAGGGCGACAUGAAAGGCCUGUGCGGGGCCAAUUAAACACGACAACAACACGCACAAUGAUGAUUUCACGAUUGUCUUGGUAGUUUUUUCACCAAUCGAAGUUUAAAACGCAUACAUUUUACAUUUCCGUUGACAGUCCUUGGAUAAACCUACCUGACAAAAAUGUCGCUAUACACGAUCACUUUCCUAUCGAAAACUGAUGGUGGAUGCCGUCAUAAUUGCAAGAGAUUUCACAUUUAUAUUAUGACGGAAAUCCGAAUAACCCCUAUUGACAUCUGAUAGCACAUCGGCAUAAAACUGUUGAAGUUACGGAUGACUGUCAUAAACAUGUACACAAUCUACUAAUAGAAACAAAAAACUAGCAACAUAAAAUAGUAUUUUUUUUAAAUCAGAAGUUUCUCCGGUCGGAAGUAGCCGUUAUGUUUCCGUGUGUUUUUGGUUUAGUGUUCAAAGAAAGAUAACUCGAAUACACUAAAAAGAAAUUCUCUACAGCGACCUGCAGAACAAAAGAUUCGUUAAUGAAUAACAAUUUGUAUCUUUGAUCGUCAAAUUAAUUAUCAAAACAAGGUUUUAAAAAUUUCACAUUUUUUAGUGAUUUUUCAAUAUGUCAAC